UUGCCUCAUGUCUCCUAGAAUUAUCCCCCGACGUUUCACCAGUCCUCUCCUCAAGUAUCCCUCGAUCAUAUUCAGUUCACCAUGUCCAAGCCAUCUGCCGGUACUUAUGUCAUCUAUCACAGAGUGCUCGACGCCUCUGGUCGUAAACUCGCCACUGGUGUAACCGUCAAUUGUGGACUUGAUGCUGCAGUUGAUGGCAAGAAGAUCACUAUCUCUGGUGUUACAGGUGACGAGAAGCAGAGAUGGAUCCUUGAGCGCGUCUGAAAUGCAAAUUUACUCGGGAAAGACGAGCCAGAAUCUUUGCUGCUCGUGUAAUAAUAUAGUUUAUGAUGUAGGAAUAUUCAUGUCAGCCUUUUUG